AUGACCGAUGGAAAUGCGGACUGGGUGGCGCAAAAUUUACACCGACAGCGAAAAAUUCUUGAAGAAAAACAACGUCAGAAAAGGAUCACCUCGGCGACGAUACGCUGUAAUCAAAUUCCGACAGUUGGAGUGAAUUCAAUGGAUCCAUCACGAGGGUUCGGAUUCGCUUCUCCACCAUGUUAUGACGGUCCGCUGGCGGUGUUCCCUGAUCCUGAUGCUGUCGGUCCAACAAUAGUAACGGUGCGAGGAUUCGAUGCUUCACCUUCAACUCUUCCAGUACCCACUUCAUCGAGUAGAGAACUUUCCAGCGAAAACGACGACACAUCGGUGAAGGAUUUGGCGGAAAAGAUGGAUAAAGCAGACCUGGCAACAUGUGUGGCUAGCGAUGAAGAAGAACUUAUAGCAAGUGACACCUGGAAUAAUUCUGAAAACAAGAAUGACGUCGAAGAGCAUACACUUCCAUCCGAAGAACUUCCUGCCUACGAUGAAAUUUCCGCUAAUAUUGAGAAAUUUGUGCAAGCUCCCGCGAAGCGCAACGUUAUUUACAAAUGUUCAAUUACAAGAGAUAAGAGAGGAAUGGACAAGGGAAUCUAUCCAACGUAUUAUUUACACCUAGAAAGGGAGGACAAGAAGAAGAUAUUUCUACUAGCAGCACGACGAAGGAAGAAAAGUACAACCGCCAAUUACCUGAUAUCAACAGAUGCUACAGAUCUGAAACGCGAAGGAAGCGCAUUCGUUGGAAAAGUUAGAUCAAACGCUAUCGGCACGAUGUUCACCCUUUACGAUUGUGGAGUGAACCCGAAAAAGUCCACCAUGGCCACCGAUGUUCGACAAGAACUCGCGGCUGUUAUCUAUGACACGAACGUGCUUGGAUUUAAAGGACCAAGAAAGAUGCACAUACUUAUACCUGGUAUCUACGAUAUCAACACGUACGAACGCAAAUCCAUUCGUCCUGUGGCAGCUAAGGAUACACUGCUGGAACGGUAUCGUCAGCGACGAACGGAUGACAUCAUAGUGAUGCAGAAUAAGAACAUACCAUACGAAAUACGACCAGUCACCGUUACAAUGGAAUUUGAAAUGCUAAGGGUUGCAGUAGUCAUCUGGGUUGCUGGAACGGAAAAGUACUUCGGUGGCGACGUGUAUAUACAAUGCAUGCCUCGGAAGCUCGGAGAGCCGAUGAUGGAAGAUCAAGUACGACGUCAUCGGACUGACCGAGACGAGGCGACGUCACCCUCUCAACGCCUUCGCGUCCUCGCCAACACGAGUAUGGCAAAGAACAUCGACUGUUUCGAACAACUUACGACCCGAAUUGGAUGUAUGCGGAUAAGAAGAUGUGGUCCAACACCAGCUUUGACAAUCUUCGUCGGUUACGCUCCAACAUCAAGCUACGCAGAAGAAGAAGAAUCUCAGAAAGAUUUUACGGUACCGCUCAUUUCAUUGAAGAUCAUUGUCGUAAGACUUCUUGCUUCUAUCUUCGAGUUCUCGGAGAACACGCAUUUGAGAAUGAAAAGCCCUGGAAAGGAAGAAGACUUUAAUCAAGUGAAAGAAAAUUUGAAAGCAUGGUCUGGAUUUGCUCUAAAACAUGCGGACUACAUCGUGAUGCAGUUCGGUCGAAUCUCCGACGAGUGCUUCUCGAUGGACUUCCGUUAUCCACUGAGCGCACUACAAGCGUUCGGAAUCGCGAUGACAAGUUUCCACGGUAAACUCGCCUGCGAGUAA